CAAGCAGCACCGUUAUCAGCAGACAAGAUACGGGAAGAAACGCAAAGGGAUGCGGUCUAGUCAAAGGUACUCUUUUUUGUUUUGAAUGGUUGGCCUGCGAAAUCGUCGGACGACAACAUGGCACCGUUUUUUGUGCGGAAAGAUGAACUGUCGGUAGACUGCGGUUGCGUCACGUGGGGAAACAGAGUUGUCAUCCCAAAAGCACUACAAGCGGAAGUAUUGCAACUUUUGCACGAAGGACACCCAGGCGUGACGCGCAUGAAAAUGUUAUCGAGAAGCCACGUUUGGUGGCCUAAGUUAACCACGUGCAUUGAGGAAGCCGUAAAAGGCUGUUCAACCUUCCAGCUUACUCAGAACGCAGCACCGAAAAUACAGGGGUCAUCGUGGGGUUGGCCAACCAGACGUUGGCAGAGGGUUCAUUUGGACUUUGCAUACUACAAUAACGAAUGGUUUUUGGUUCUUGUUGACGCCUACUCCAAAUGGGUGGACGUCCAAUACAUGAAGUCAACCACAGCGGCCAUCACUGUGGAAACACUACGCACGGUUUUUGCAGCUUUCGGACUUCCGGAGAAAAUUGUGACGGACAAUGGUCCUCAAUUUGUGUCUGACGAAUAUUCAAAUUUCCUGAGAACGAACGCUGUGCAGCAUACGAGGACACCGCCGUACCACCCAGCCUCAAAUGGAGCAGCGGAAAGACUUGUCCAGACAGUCAAACGAAGUCUCCUACGCCAAUUUCGGGAUGAGGAGAGCACAGGAGUGACUCGGACGAUUCGACAUCGACUGGAUCAGUUUCUCUUCGUAUACCGUAACACACCGUGUCCAACAACUGAACGAUCCGGAUUCCAGAGGAGACCAGUACACAGCAACCGCCUGACCCGGCUUUGGCAGUCCAGCCUCAAGUAGAAGACG